AUCGCCGUCAUUUUAUAGGUGAAGGGUCACCGAGCGCGACCUGAAGGGCGCCCCGCCCCCCGGCGUCUGCGGCCCCCCGACGUCACCAUGUGGCCCGGCGCGCGCCGCCAGUCCGCUGCGGCUCACUGACAGUUUCAUUCGCUCGUGUGGUUCUGACUCACUUACCCUCCGAAUUAAGUUACGUAUUUAAAAAAAUCUUUUAGCAAAGAGAGGGGGAAUCAGUCUCAGUCUGCAGGUAGUUUUUCUAGUUGUUUAAUGUAACCUGUCCGGGGGGAGACGGCAUUAAGAUGCGUGCGCGAUCGGGCACUUUGAGUGCGUGAAACGGAACGUCGCGGUGCCGAGAUCGCUUUUGUGACCGCGGCCAGCGGCCCCCGUUUGUCCGGGAAACUGGCAGAGGCGCAGCAGCUGACUUGGAACGACUCGCUGCGAUAUUUUUCCACCGUGGCUGCGCCAGCAAGCCCGACCUAAAAGGGGGUAUUGCUGGGACUCCAUGCAGAUAACCGUGCUCGUCUUGCUACGCUUAAUACACCGACUCAGGCUGUCUGGACGCGCUUCUCCCCGUCACGCUGAAGUUUACCGGGGAUUUUUAAGCACAUGAUGUACACAAUAACCAGAGGUCCCAGUAAACUUGUUACACAACGGAGAACAGGUCCGACGACGCAGCAAAUUGAAAAUAAAGCAAGCGACUUUAAGCACAAACAGACACCCUGGACUGUAGCAAAUUCUCCUGCUCCAAAGCUUGUGUUCAACCGGCUGAACGGCAAACGGUACCACGCAGCGCCCCCCCCACAAGUCGACUCUCAACCAGAAGGUUUCACUCCAGCCCACGAAGAGAAUGUCAAGUUUGUGUAUGAAGAGUGGCAGCAGGUGGAGCAGCGGUUGGCGGACGGCACCCAGACAGAUGGAGGCCAAGGUCCAGUCCAGUACUCCGAGAAGACGCCCAACCCUGGCAUGAAGAACUUCGUCCCCAUCGACCUGGAGGAGUGGUGGGCACAGCGUUUCCUGGCCAACAUCGUUAACCUGUCGUGAUGGGAGAAGCCCGGUUAAUGACCAAGGAGCCACGUGGAUCUGAGUGGGAUGUGGGUGGGUUUGGCGUUAAGGAGAGAGCAGCCAGUGCUCGCCUUCAGCCUGGGUGGGCAGCGUGAGAGUCUGCCAACGGCUCUGCCACCCCUGCCCUAAUAUCUCUCCAGUGUGCCAGACCGAGGUAUGAAGACCUCUUUCUUUCUUUGUUAAAGAAAAUGAAAAAAAAAAAACAUGUUGUGUGUAGAGACCACAAGUCUGUGUUACUUGCCUGGUAUUUGCAUAAAACAAGAAAAAGAAAAUAAAAAUGGAAAAUGUAUUUUCAGGACA